GUCGCGUGCACGAGGACGCGCACCCACGCGUGCGAACAGGAAGCAGCGCGAUCACGCGAACACAGAAGCGCUGGGCGAGUGGAUCGUUACGUUUUUACGGUUCUUUAUUCAUCUUUCGAGGGCUCUCGGGUGAAAGAAACGAAAGCCAAAAGGAAUAAGUUGAUCAAAUAGGUCGAGAUCCAGACAGCAUCUUCUGUGUUUUCGUUUUUAAACGGCCGUUUUUGUGCUCGGCGUUUUUUAAAAGAAGGGCGUGUGGUUUUCCGGAGAAGGAGCUGGUGCAUGUUGAAUAUCGUGUUUUGUGUUUGACUUCUAUCGGAUCGUCGUGAGGAUGGGCUGUACGUUAAGCACGGAGGAUAAGGCGGCGGUGGAGAGGAGUAAAAUGAUCGACAGAAACCUGAGAGAUGACGGGGAGAAAGCGGCCAGAGAGGUCAAACUCCUGCUGCUCGGUGCUGGGGAGUCUGGAAAGAGUACAAUAGUCAAACAAAUGAAAAUCAUCCAUGAGGCGGGAUACUCGGAGGAAGAGUGCAAACAGUACAAAGCUGUGGUCUACAGCAACACUAUCCAGUCCAUCAUCGCCAUCAUUCGGGCCAUGGGCCGACUUAAGAUCGACUUUGGUGAUGCUGCGAGAGCGGAUGAUGCGAGGCAGUUGUUUGUACUGGCGGGCAGCGCUGAGGAGGGUUUCAUGACAGCAGAGUUGGCUGGAGUGAUAAAGCGUUUGUGGAAAGAUGGAGGAGUGCAGGCCUGCUUCAGUCGAUCCAGAGAGUACCAGCUGAACGACUCUGCUGCAUACUACCUGAAUGAUUUGGACAGAAUAUCGCAGGCCACUUAUAUACCCACCCAACAGGAUGUGCUAAGGACCCGAGUCAAAACCACAGGCAUUGUGGAGACACAUUUCACUUUUAAAGACCUGCAUUUCAAGAUGUUUGAUGUCGGCGGUCAAAGGUCAGAGCGAAAGAAAUGGAUCCACUGUUUUGAAGGCGUCACUGCUAUUAUCUUCUGCGUGGCACUGAGUGACUACGACCUGGUUCUGGCUGAAGAUGAGGAGAUGAACCGCAUGCACGAGAGCAUGAAGCUGUUUGACAGCAUCUGUAACAACAAGUGGUUUACGGACACCUCCAUCAUCCUGUUCCUUAAUAAGAAGGAUCUGUUUGAGGAGAAGAUCAAGAGGAGUCCGCUCACCAUCUGCUACCCAGAAUACGCAGGGUCAAAUACGUAUGAGGAGGCAGCCGCCUACAUUCAAUGUCAGUUUGAGGAUCUGAACAAACGGAAAGACACCAAGGAGAUCUACACCCACUUUACCUGCGCCACCGACACCAAGAACGUUCAGUUCGUUUUCGACGCGGUGACCGACGUCAUCAUCAAAAACAACCUUAAGGACUGCGGACUGUUUUAGAGGCUGGCUUGUGUCUGGUGAAGGGGAAGCCAGUUUUGAUGUGCAUUUUUUUGGAGAUACAUUGCAAGACUAAGUAUGGAGAAAAUCGGUCUUGGACCAGUGCUGUACAUUACGCCACUUUGUCAGCUUUAUUUAUGGUUUUUCGUCUUUGGAAAUUUUAAAAAGUAGCAUUUAAAAAAAAAUUUGAAUCGUGUCGAAUGUUCGUACAGUCGUUGCUGUCGCGGCCAUGUCAUUUUAUUUUCCCCCCGACUCAAGUUGGUUUGUUUUUAACGAGAGAUUUCUUUUAUCCUUUUGCAUCGGAGAAGUCUCCUUUACUUGUAAUGUUACAUAUUUUUUGCGGUUGUUGCUACGGGAGAGAGGAAGAAUGUGCUACUCAGUCCAGUUUGUUGAUUCUCGUGCCUUUCGCAUGCGUUUCUGCAGUGUUUGUCCAUUUGCUUGGGUUUGCCUGCUGAAUAUCUCUCCAGCGUCGAAAAAUUUCAAAUUUCAUACUGGAUGUUACUAAUCUCCCAGAGAGCACAACUCCUCAUAUGCACAGAAUGUGAGAGUGUGUGUGAGAGAGAGAAUGUGUCUAUCUGUUGUUUGUGUGUAUGUGUGUGUAUAUAUAUAUAAAUAUAAUAGGCCGGCGUAGAAAAAGCUUAUGGUUAAUACAGUGACCAAACCAUCAGGUUUCCAUGGCAACAAGAAAUGGAUACGAGUCCUAUUCAGCUGUCGGACGCUGAGACAUUCCGCAUGCGGGACAUGAAGUCUGUCGCUAAAGCACCUGUCAUCAAACGCUGCCGCUAUUUUAACGGCAUACUGCUCAGAGAAUGACACGUUGUUGAGGAACAUCACUGCGGAGAGGUAUGGACUGGGAAAGGUUUCGGAGUUUUACAGAGAAACUAUAUGAAAAUGUCGGCAAACAGACGUUUAAGGCAAGCGAUACUGUUGAUUGAUUUUAAGUAAAUAACUGCCACCUCUGUCUGUCUGUUCUCCAUGUUGGGGGAACAUUUGUACACUCAUUUCCCUUAUUUUGCUAAUAAAAAGCAUUUACUUCCUGA